ACGAUUGGUGUUGCCUUCCGAGCCAUGUAUUAUGUGUAUUCCUUGGCAGCAUCAUCUUUCCUAUUGAUUCAAUUGUCCCAAAACACUAAUGAUAUGGCUCUCACCCACGGCAAUUAAAUGGCUGUGAGAAGGUAAGCAUCAGUGGGAAAAUAUAAUGGCCAACAAGCCGAACCCCAUACAAGAACAACACUGAAUCUUCUGGAUUCUGUUCUUUAGUGACAGGUAUGAAUCCAUUUCUGUGAAGUUAGAGCCAAAGAUCAACUGUUGUUUCUUCUUUUGUCUUUUCAAAGUACAAAUUGUUGCAUUCAAAUCACUUGUGAGAUGAUAUUACAUGCCUACCCACUAUCUAAUUACAUUUCUAUUCUUGGGUGUCUUACUUUACUUGUAAAUUCUUUGUAAAACAAUGCAAUCUCUGACCAUUUGGCCUUUAAGACGUGACUCUUUGAUAGUGCCCCAAUUGGAUUUUGAACUGGGUACUCCUUUGAACUCGAGAACGAGUAGGAGGAGAAAAAGAUGGGAUCGUCUUCAUUUCGUGUGUCACAUUAAGAGACCCGUUCACUUACUCGUAUCAAGCAAUUUAAAGAAUUUUGGGGUUGGGGCUUGUCACAGGAGUCAAAAUCAUGAUUUUGGAUCUGGGUUUUUCUCUGUAUAUUAUUCACUCGAAGUUCAUGGCUUUUGUGUGCCGAAGAGGGGUUCUUUUGGUGCAUCUUUCGCCUUGGCUUGGGCAUCGGAGGAACAAGCAAUUGGGAGUGAAGUCAUGAAAGAAAAUUCAAAUCCCUUGAAUGGAUUGUUAGAGAAAGGUGAGGCUGAGGGUUUAACUAGGGUGAAUAUUGAGGAAUUAAGUGAUAGUGACAUGCCUCUUCAUGGUACUGAAAAGGGUGAUGGCGAUGGAGGAGGAGAAGAAGAAGAAGAUAUCAAUAAUAAGGAAGAAGUACGAUGUGAGAAGAGUAAAAGGGUUGAUGUUCGUGCCCUGGCCCGGAGCUUACAUUUUGCCAAGACAAUAGAUGAUGUAGAAGAUGUUCUUAAGUGCCAGGGCGAACUUCCUCUUCAAGUAUACUCAUCUCUGAUUAGAAGUUUUGGCGUGGACAAGAGACUAGAUUUAGCAAUGGCUAUUGUUGAGUGGCUUAAAAGGAAAAAGAUGGAUAGUAAGGAUUUCAUUGGCCCUAAUCUUUUCAUAUAUAAUAGCCUUUUGGGAGCAGUAAAACAGGCUGAAAAAUUUCAAGAAGCAGAGAAAGUCAUGCAUGAUAUGGUCGUGGAGGGUGUAGAUCCCAAUGUAGUAACUUAUAACACUUUGAUGGGUAUUUAUAUUGAACAAGGACGGGAAGCUGAGGCUCUCAAUUUGUUUGAAGAGAUACGGAAAAAGGGUCUGUCUCCCUCUCCUGCAUCUUAUUCUACAGCAUUGUUGGCUUAUCGAAGAUUGGAAGAUGGAUUUGGAGCUCUGAAGUUCUAUGGUGAGACAAUAGAGAAGUAUCAAAAAGGCGAGAUAGGGAAAUGUCCAGAUGAAGAUUGGGAAAAUGAAUUUGCCAAACUUGAGAAUUUCACAAUUCGAAUUUGCUACCAGGUGAUGCGACGGUGGCUAGUGAAGAGUGAGCCCCUAAGUGCCAAUGUUUUGAAACUUCUAGCUGACAUGGACAGGUCUGCGCUUCAAAUUGGUCAUGCAGAAUGUGAGCGCCUUGUGUGGGCUUGUACGAGAGAAGAACACUAUAUUGUGGCAAAAAAAUUAUAUAAUAGGAUAAGAGAAAGGGAUUCUGAAAUAAGCUUAUCUGUCUGCAACCAUGUGAUUUGGUUGAUGGGAAAGGCUAAGAAGUGGUGGGCAGCUCUGGAAAUCUACGAGGAUUUGUUGGACAAAGGGCCAAAACCAAAUAACAUGUCAUACGAACUGAUCGUUUCUCAUUUUAACAUUCUGCUCACUGCAGCCAGAAAAAGAGGAAUUUGGAGAUGGGGUGUUAGGUUGCUCAACAAGAUGGAAGAGAAGGGUCUAAAACCGGGAAGCAGGGAAUGGAAUGCAGUUCUUGUUGCCUGCUCUAAAGCUGCAGAAACUUCUGCUGCUGUGCAGAUAUUUAGAAGAAUGGUGGAACAAGGUGAAAAACCCACAAUUGUCUCAUAUGGGGCACUGCUCAGUGCUCUUGAGAAAGGGAAACUCUACGAUGAGGCCCUCCAUGUGUGGAAACAUAUGAUUAAGGUGGGUGUUGAGCCAAACUUGUAUGCCUACACGAUUAUGGCUUCGAUUUAUGCUGGGCAGGGAAAAUUCAACAUUGUUGAUUCCAUCAUCCAGGAAAUGAUCUCGAGCAGGGUUGAACCAACUGUUGUCACAUUUAAUGCAAUUAUCAGUGGAUGUGCACGGAAUAAUAUGGGAAGUGCAGCAUACGAAUGGUUUCAACGAAUGAAAUUUCUAAACAUCUCACCCAAUGAUGUCACUUAUGAAAUGCUGAUUGAGGCUCUAGCAAAUGAUGAUAAACCACGGCUUGCCUAUGAUAUGUAUUUGAGAGCCCGCAUUGAGGGCCUAAAUCUUUCUUCAAAGGCAUAUGAUGCUGUCAUCCGAUCCUCACAGGUCUGUGGUGCCACUAUUGAUGUGAGCGCCUUGGGCCCUCGGCCACCAGAGAAAAAGAAAAAAUUGCAGAUAAGAAAGGAUUUGUCUGAGUUUUGUAAUUUAGCUGAUGUUCCUAGGAGAAGCAAACCAUUUGACAGGAAAGAAAUUCAUUCCUCUCAAACAGAAUGAAGUCUGUACCUCAUGACAUGUAUCAUACUGUAUACUCUCCGUAAAUCUGUAUAUUGUUACUUUGGGGACUCAGAUUGAAUUCUUAUUCAAUGCAGCUCCUAAUUGGAGUUGCUUGCUGCUUAAAAGACAGAUGACUUUUCUUGUAUGUACAAUUCUAGGCAACAACAGAUCUUCAAUACUUGUUGAAGGCAAAGUAAGAAGAAGAAAAUGGUAGAAAGUCAUUUGCAGCUGAUAUGGGUGAUGGUCUGAUGGGAUUCAACUAUACUGAAUUGGCUGAUAAGAUCAUUAGGCUAAGAAUUAUUCUUCCUAAAUGACUAUUGCUCUUUUGAGUUUGCAGGCUUGAGCAUGGAUAGGAUCUUGUGAUUUUGGUCCUGUCCCUUCAUUUUUAGGUCAAAAAACCCGGUGGCCAUCGUGCUUAAAGCCUAUGAACAAAGACGAAUGGUGAAUGAGAAAGCUUCUUGUAAAUGUCUGAGUAAUCAGAUUCAACAUGAAUUAGCCAUAUUAUUAGUUUGGCGGAGGGGGAAUAGUCCUUGACAGAUUUGACGGAUAUGUAGACCAAUUUGCUUAUGUAAGAUUCUC